AUGGAGGGCGGGGAGAGUCGGCCCGUCCACACGGGCCCUGCGAGUGGGCCGCAGGAACGUCUCGAAACGCAGGCAGCGAUUGCGCCUACUGAUGUGGUUCCCCCGCACAGUGAGCAGGCGCUCACCCCUCAGCCGCUCACCCCACAGCAUCAACAAAUCGUAGACGCCCUCUACGACACCUGGUCGAAUGACCAAGACCGAAGAAAGGAUUCAGACCAAAUCCUCAUCGAAUGCGAAAAGGAACAACACUUCAUUCUAUACCUCCUAGACAUAUGCUGUCUCACAGAGGUCCACAACAAUGUUAGGAAGAUAGCAAUCAUAUACUCUAAAAAUUUGGUGAGUCGUUUCUGGAACUCUAAGGAUCUCUUCCAGUAUAGUACCGAUAUAAAGAAAAUGAUAAAGGAGAAAAUAAUGAUCAUCCUGGAAAACAAGACCACCGUCAUGCAUUACUACAAGGAGUUAUCCAUCCUCCUGAGGAAAGUUGCCAGAUAUGAGUUGGUGCAUAAUUUCCCACAACUUCUACAGUUCUUCGUUGAAGAGUUGAGUAGGGGCUACAGCGUGGGCAGCCUCCCCACCAGCAGAGACCCCCUGUCCUGGCUCCACACCUACAUGUACCUCCUGUACAAAGUACUCCGGGAGCAGUACAGCAAGAAGCUGCUAAAAGACAAGAGAGAAACCUUCCAUAUCUCACAGAAGUUUAUCGACUGUCUGUACCCCAUCUGGGAAAACAAUCUGAAUGUCUACUUUCAGUGCAACCUGAACGAGCUGUGUAUGUGUGGCAGUGAAGGCACCUGCAGCAAGUGCUUUGGGGAGUACAGUGCUGUGAUGGAGCUUGAGGCGCAGUUGAGGUUAGCGGCGGAGGUGACGUUCGCGCCGGAGAUGUCCUCCGCGCCGAAGAUGUCGUCCGCGCCAAGUGUCAGUUGCACCGAAUGGGUGCCCCUCCAAGGGGGGAGGUACAGCAGCAGUGUUGACGGGGCAGACUCCAGCGACUUGCAUUACACGGGGGAAGCCUCAGCGGGGAGAAGAGACGCCUACUGCUGCCACUUUAACGCGGAUAGCGACAAAAAGGUGAAGAUCCUCAAAUUCAUGGACAGCAUCCUGCUGAACCUGCUUAUCAGUAGGGACGACGUUCAGAGGGAACGGGGGAGAAUCUGCCCGGGGGGGGAGAGUCGCCUGGAGGAUGCCCUCUGCCAUCAGGGUGACUCCUCCCAGCAGGAUGGCCGCCUUCAACAGGGUUACCCCUCCACGCAGGGUGAUCGGUGCGCCCUGCGAAAGAAGCCCUUCCUGGACUGCCUCGCCAACAAAACGAUAUUCUACCUCAAAUUCGUGCGGAAGGAUUCGCCGCUGUACUACCUCAAAUAUCUUAAGUUCCUGCUGAGUAGCUUCCUCCACAUCAUUGAAUUUCAGAGUGGCCUGCAUGAGUAUAUAAAAAAAGACACCACGGAGCAGUUCAUCUGUCGCUUCCUAAAGAAGCAUCUCAGUAAAGAUAUGUACAUAAAUAGUGACUGCUAUGAGAGCAAAUUUGUAGACAUAAUUAACCUAUGCAUUGAUAUUCUGAGGAGUCUCUUUUACCACUUCUGCUUAAGUCAGUACAACCUCAUAAAGCAGAAGAAGGUCCGAGAAAACUACCUAACCGUUAAGAGUAUGAUUAACAAUCAGAGUACCUUGUGUGAAAACUACCCUGAAAAGACGGACCUGCAGACAAAGAUUAUAAACACUCUAGUGGUCAAUAUGAACAAUCUGGAGUGUGAAAGCAAAAAAGGGAGAGUCAAUAAAAAUUACACCUUUAGGGAUAUCUUGACGUAUAUAAGGGAAGAGGUAAAAUACGCACUGACUAGCGAUGAGUAUAUUUUAAUGCACAAUCAGAAGGCUCUGGAGAUAUUCGAAUUUUUGAGGACACACUGUAUCAACAUGUCUGCUGAGCAAAUCAUGGAUAUCAUGCUGAAUGUUAAGGAUAGAGAUGGACACCAAGUGGAGGAAAAUAUCUUCUACUCCUCUGCAAGAGAGUGCAUUAUCGAAAUAGCAUCCGAACCUUUUCUCUUCUCAAUCUUCAGUCAUUUCUUCGAGCCGUUAAUUAACUCUCUACAUAAUUACGUUCACAUGAUUAAGUCCGUUCCGGACAAUCUGAAGAACCUACAGGUUCCUGAAUUCUCUGAAUCGAUUAUUGAGCUGGAUGGGUACCUAAAUAUCUACUACGUGUUGUAUUCUUCUCUACAUAAGAGAAUAAAAGCGGAGCAUAUCCUUUGCAUGAUUCAGUUUUUCACCGAAUAUUUGUCGAUUCAGUUUACUCACCCUUUGGUCAGUUACCGCAUUGCGUUAAUAUUAAAAGUCUGGAUUAAGAAUUACAAGGCUUCCUUUCCCUUCAUUGAUGAAGUGACUGUUCUCAUUUUUGAGAAUAUCCGCUUGCUCUGCAUGCACUUGUCUCCCAAGUGUGUCGUCGAUUCUCUUCUCCCAGUCCGAUCCUCAUCAGGUGCCUUGGGCGAGAGAGACGCUCCCCCGGAAAAUCACUACGCCGCCAUGUCGGCCAACUUCCUCCCCCUCGUCUUCUUCAAAUUUGUCUGCCUCUUUAACUACAUAUUUAAGUACGAAUAUGUGUACGAGAACUAUGACUUUAUUAACGAGAUUCUGGUGGGCCCUCUUAUAAGUCUCCUCACCCAGAUCAACUACCCAAAGAGCAUCCAGAAGAUCCUCCAGAUCCUCAGCCACAUCGUCUUCAUCAGCAACAAAGAAAAGGACAUAACGAUUUUCAAAGACAACUACAAUUUUCUGCUAGACCUCUACAAAACCAGCAACCUCUCCAUCAAGGAAUACAUGCUUAACAUCCUCGUUCAGAUACUGAACAAGAAUUACGAAUUUGGCUGCGGCAUGGUGGAGUUCACCCCACAAGGAGGGCGACGACGCCAUGAAGUAGCUACCGACUCUGCUUCGAUGAAUACACGCGGGGGUGAUGACAAGCACAUGCAGGGUUAUUCCCCUCACCAGGGUUAUUACUCUCACCAGGGGGGCGACGAUUAUGUCCUGUUCUACUUCAGCUUGGACGUAAUAUCCUAUACCAUCCUGGGGAGGAAAACCUCCGAGCAGGUUUCACCCCCGUGUGGAGGAGGCAACAUCUACUCCGAUCAUCAGCCACCGCUUCUUCCCAGCGAAAUAAAUCUGUACGUAGACCAAACCAUUAGCGACAGUUUCUACACCCUAUGGCUGUCUAAUCUGAGGAUCAUCUCUAAAUUAUUCUGCGCGAAGAAUGAGGAGAUAAUCAAGAGGGUCUGCUCCCUGUAUGUACGGACGGCCCACGUGAUAUGCGAGCACUUUAAGAAGAAGGUCUCAAGCGAGACGACGCAGGAAUUGAGCAGCUCCUGCUUUGAUGUCCUCAUGGAAUACAUGUGUCUCUUCAUCCUUCACGAGACGCACACGUUUUACCUGACAUACGAGUCUCUCUCGACUAAUGUGCUUACCAACGAAAUCGUGAAACCCCAAUUGCUAGCAAUCGUUAGAAAUAACUUUACCCUGGAUGAUGAAGGAAACACGGAGAGAUGCCUCUACCUUCUGCACGUCUGCCUCGGUUUGUAUAAAAAGAGAGUGAAGGAAGACAUGCCCGUUCUCUACAACUAUCUGGCCAACUUUGUCGUCAUAUACUUCCUGAAGGUGGUAUUGAAAUAUAUGGGGAAGUUCUUCCCUGUGUAUACGUACUUUGAGGGGUCGCCCAGAGUGAGUAGGACCAGCGAAAGGGGAAGCGAAAGGGAAAGUGAAAAGGGUAGCACAGGGCAUCUCCACGGUGAGAGGGGCGAAGAGAGACGCAUCGAGAGCCUCCUGCAGGGGGAGCGAUCCCCAGAGUUGCUCUCCCCAGCAGAGGGACACGCACCGAAGACGGAAAAGGAAGAUGCAACCAAGCAGAAGUUCAUGACGCACAAUGAAAGGCAAACGAAGUACAUAUACGAAAAUGUGAUGUCAUAUCAGCGUGAAGAAAGUUUUGAUACCCACUUUGGCAUCCUCCAAAAUGAUCUGAAGCAACUUCUAGGGAUGGAAUACCUAAAGGACUACGACCUCGGAGAAGCCUUCAAAAAAUAUAACUUCUACACAGUCAAUGAGGAUAAUUACCCAUACGUGAACAAACACACAGUUCUUACACUGAUAGCUCUCUUAUCAGUGGACGAAUCUAAUAUACUCCAUUAUGUCUUAAUUUGCUUCCUAAUGUACUUUCGAAUCAAUGUCCCACUUUUCCUUUCUUCCAUCUUUUAUCAAGCCCAAUACAUACACAACAAGAGCGUCAUGAUGGCACUGCUGUUGUUCAUUUAUGUCCUAACGGAGAAUUAUCUUUUUCGUGACUUUGUACCCUCCCUUGUUAGAUCCCAUUUGCCAGCCACCUGCAGUAGUAGCAGCCCCUACCUGAAAGAACUCCUCUACGACAGAAACAAAUGCUCUGACUUGUUCGCCUGCACAAGGGAGGACUACACGGUUAUCAUCAUACAGCUACUUAAGCUCAUUAAUACCAUGCUGAACACGAGCAGGGACAUCUACAUUGAGAAGAAGAACAUCCUCCACCUGAGCACCGUUUCGUCCAACCUGAGCGCAACGAAAAUGUACCACUCCGCUGGCUACAACUGCGUCAUGCGCGAAGUACUCAAGUACGACGACCUCCCGGGCGUGUGCAACAAAGCCCUCGAUAACGUCCUGACCUUUCUGAGGGACGUGAAGGACCUGGACGAUCGGAACGCGACAAGCGCCAUUGUUAACUACCUGCGGGACAACGUGGAGGGUAUGAACGUCGCCCUCGUCGACAUGUACAAGAAGUACCUGGGUUAUCAAUAG